AUGGAUGACAAAGAAGGAGGGGGGUCCGAACCCGGAACGAGUCCCGGCGACUGGGCCGAUUUGACCCGCGAAUGCCUCAUCAGCAUCCUUUCCCGCCUUCCGAUGGAAGACCGGUGGCGGGGACCCAUGCUCGUCUGCAAAUCGUGGCUGGAAGCCUGCAAGGAUCCGUGUUUCAAUUCCAUCUUUGACGUGGAAGCUCAGUUCGAAUCGUUGACUGAGUUGCCCCGGUAUUGGAGGCCCGAGUUUGAACGCGGGAUCGAUUCCAUGCUCCGAUCCGUCGUUGGCUGGAGCGAUGGUUCCCUCACUGAAAUUCGCGUCAGGCACUGCUCUGAUCGCUCUCUGUGUUUGGUUCCUGAAAGAUGCCCUAAUCUUCAAGUUCUCUCAAUUAAGAGCUCUCCUCAUGUUUCCGAUGGGAUUAUGUCUAAGAUUGCUUCUAAAUGUUGCAACCUUAGGGAACUAGAUAUCAGCUACUGCUAUGAAAUAUCUCAUCAAUCUCUGGCAGUUAUAGGCAAGCAAUGUCCUAAGCUCCAGAUUCUCAGAAGGAAUUUGAUGAAUUGGUUGGAUCCUUCCCAACAUCGUGGGGCUGUACCUAAUGAUUAUCUCAAUGCCUGUCCUCAAGAUGGAGACUCGGACGCUGCUGCGAUUGGAAAAUUUAUGCCUAAUCUUCUGCAUUUAGAACUACAAUUUUCCAAAUUGACUGCCAAGGGUCUUCAUAUGAUAUCUGAAGGGUGUCCGAACCUUGAGUACCUGGAUAUAUCUGGUUGUCCAAAUAUAACUGGCCGGGAUAUUUUAGCUGCAUCAUCUAAUCUGAAGAAUCUCAAAACUAUCAAGAAGCCAAAUUUUUACAUACCUAGGUCGGUUUACAAUACUGAGAGGUAUGGUCAUUGGAACUUGUAUGAUGAUAGGUUCCAGACUGAUGUAUUUCGAAUUUGA